AUAAACGACAGAGCCUCGGAGGGAGGGGGAAAGAGGCGGAGAGAGGAAGGAGGCGUUGGCUGAGGAGGAAGAGGGAGGAGGGGCAGGGAAGUUCUGGUGGAGAAGAAGCCGAAGACUCCAAAGAAGACAGCAGGAGGAUUCGGUGGAGUUCCUCGCUGCCCAGCGGCCUUUCCGGAUCCUUCUAGUUACAAGGCAGUUAGGAACGGAGGAAAGGAGGAAGAGUCUUUUAUGUCGGAGGACAGAGAGAGAAGCUCUAUCCGUCACCGUUGCCUCACAUCCGGGACUUUGGAAGACAGGCUCCGCCCCCUUGCACCUUUCAAGGCUACGGGAGGCGUAGACCGCUUUAAAUCUCCUUAAAGGGGUGGGUACCGAACUCGGCCGACUCCAACGCCAGCCUUAAAGGGGACAGCCGAAGCUGACAAACAACUCCGGUUGGAAGAAUUGGGGCGAGUGGAGUUUUCCUACCUCCUGCCCCGCGCAAGAAGUUCAUUAAAUUCAUCUUAAAGGGGAAGUGACAGCUUGUGAAGGGCUAGAAACUUAACAACGCUCUUCUAAAAGGAAGGACUGGCUGUUUGAAGGCCUCUGGACUCUUUAAAGGGGUGGCCUCUUUCAGCCGGAGGACUGAAGACACUUUUAAAGGGGAGGUCGUGCUUUCCGCCCCUUUUAAAGGGGUGGUCCUUCCUCUUCCUCUGGGAGACUUGCCUCGACCCCUGGCACGGGGCCGCCACCGCGCUAGACCAGCCGGACACGGUGGAGUCGUCUUAAAGGGGCCGGGGGCUGGACAAUUUGAGGCCUCGCCUUAAAGGGACGGCCGCCCAGUUUUAGUCGUCGCGGCCCCGCCAGCCCUACAGGGGGGGCCUUCAGGCUUGUCGCCCCGGGGGCGGCGCCGGCUCUCUGGGCCUUGGCCUUGGGGCAAGCCAGGGGACAGCGGAUCCUGUUUUAAAGAGGAAGCCGGAGCUCUCUCGUCCCUGUGCAAGCGCAGGCGCCGCGCUCGCGACCCGGGGCCUGUGGACAGGCCGCUUCGGGCCCCGCCGCCUCCGGAUGCGGCGCUGAGGGCCGUCACCAUGGAGACGGCCGCGGCCCCAGGCCCGGGCUGGGCAGCUGAAGGGGAGCGGCGACGAAGACGCUGCUCGCGGCGAGACCGUGAUCGGGAGCAGCGGCGCCGCCGAGGUCCAGGCGGUGACGCGCCCCGGGCCUUGUUGGCCGCCCCGCGAGGCUCUUCAUCCUCCUCGUCACCGCCGCCGCCCGCCCGUCCCUGGUCGUCAGCUUCAUCUGGAGAGCGGCCUGGGGGCCUAAGACGGCGGCGGCCCCGACCCAGGCCUCGACCCCCGAGACCGCGAGCUCGGAAGCGGCCUGCCGGUUCGGGCAGCCGCGGAGAGGAAGACGAGGAGGAGGAGGAAGAGGGUGGCGCAGACGACGGAGAAGCCGAAGAGGAGCCUGAAGAGGAGGAGGAGGAGGAAGACUUGAUCGAUGGUUUUGCCAUCGCUAGCUUUGCCAGUCUUGAGGCCUUGCAGAAGGAUGCAUCUCUUCAGCCCCCAGAACGACUGGAACAUCGGCUGAAGCAUUCUGGGAAACGGAAGAGGGGGGGCUCCAGUGGGGCCACUGGGGAGCCAGGAGACAGCUCAGACCGUGAGCCUGGCCGACCUCCUGGGGAUAGGCCCCGAAAAUGGCCCAAUAAGCGAAGAAGGAAAGAGGCCUUCUCCCGUCACUCUCUGGAAGCUGGAUAUAUAUGUGACGCAGAAAGUGAUCUGGAUGAGAGGGUCUCCGAUGAUGACCUCGACCCUUCCUUUACUGUCUCAACCAGCAAAGCCUCGGGUCCUCAUGGCACCUUCAAUGGGAACUGUGAAGCAAAACUGUCUGUGGUCCCUAAAGUGUCGGGCCUGGAGCGGAGCCAAGAGCAGCCCCCGGGGCCCGACCCGCUGCUAGUGCCUUUCCCCCCAAAGGAUCCACCACCUCCACCAGCCCCUCGGCCUCCUGUCUCAUCCCCUUCACCCUUACCAGCUACCCCCAGUCUGCCACCCCCACCCCAGCACCAGCUGCAGCUUCGGGUCUCACCCUUCAGCCUCCGAACUUCUCCCUAUGGCAGCAGCCUGGACCUCAGCACCGGCAGCUCUUCACGGCCGCCCCCCAAGGCCCCGGCCCCUCCCGUGGCUCAGCCUCCCCCCUCAUCAUCCUCUUCGUCCUCCUCCUCCUCAUCUGCCUCCUCCUCGUCCGCGCAGCUCACCCACCGGCCCCCGACGCCCUCACUGCCCCUGCCUCUGUCCACCCACAGCUUUCCUCCCCAUGGGUUGCGCCCACCACCACCACCCCACCACCCUUCCUUGGUCUCCCCUGGCCCCACCUUGCCCCCACCCCCACCUCUGCUGCAGGUGCCAGGGCACCCUGGGGCCUCAGCUGCUAACGCCCUUUCUGAGCAGGACCUGAUCGGCCAGGACCUGAACUCACGCUACCUGAAUGCCCAGGGUGGCCCUGAGGUGGUGGGAGCAGGGGGCUCGGCCCGGCCCCUGGCCUUCCAGUUCCACCAGCACAACCACCAGCACCAGCAUACCCACCAGCACACCCACCAGCACUUCACUCCCUACCCCCCGGGCCUGCUGCCUCCCCACGGCCAUAUGUUUGAGAAAUACCCAGGAAAGAUGGAAGGCCUUUUCCGACAUAAUCCCUACAUGGCCUUCCCUCCCGCUGUGCCCGGGCUCCCUCCGGGUCUCCCACCAGCUGUCUCCUUUGGCUCCCUGCAGGGGGCCUUCCAGCCCAAGAACACGAACCCUGAGCUGCCACCAAGACUGGGGCCAGUGCUGAGCGGGCUCCCCCAGAAGGGGACACAGAUCCCUGAUCAUUUCCGGCCACCUUUGAGGAAACCAGGAAAAUGGUGUGCCAUGCACGUUCGUGUGGCUUACAUGAUCCUGAGACACCAGGAAAAGAUGAAGGGUGACUCCCACAAGCUUGACUUUCGGAAUGACCUCCUACCCUGCCUUCCGGGGCCCUAUGGGGCCCUGCCCCCUGGGCAGGAGCUCUCCCACCCGGCCUCCCUCUUCACUGCGACUGGAGCCGUCCAUGCUGCAGCCAAUCCUUUCACGACAGCUCCUGGGGCCCAUGGACCCUUCCUGAGCCCCAGUACCCACAUUGAUCCCUUUGGGCGUCCCACAAGCUUCGCCUCCUUGGCUGCUCUCUCCAACGGGGCCUUUGGAGGCCUGGGCAGCCCCACAUUCAACUCCAGCGCCGUCUUUGCCCAGAAGGAAAGCCCAGGAGCCCCACCAGCCUUUGCUUCCCCACCAGACCCGUGGGGCCGCCUGCAUCGCAGUCCUCUUGCCUUUCCUGCUUGGGUCCGACCCCCUGAAACUGCCCGGACACCAGGCUCAGAUAAGGAGCGACCUAUGGAGCGAAGAGAGCCCUCUGUCACCAAGGAGGAGAAGGACAGGGACCUCCCUUUCUCACGGCCCCAGCUUCGAGUGUCUCCUGCCACUCCUAAGGCCAGGGCUGGCGAGGAAGGAGCCCGGCCAGCCAAAGAGUCUGUGCGGGUAAAAGAAGAGCGGAAGGAAGAGGCUGCUGCUGCUGCCGCCGCCGCUGCCGCCGCCGCAGCUGCUGCUGCAGCCGCUGCUGCCGCCGCUGCUGCAACCACUGGGCCUCAAGGUCUUCACUUGCUUUUGGAGAGGCCCAGGCCACCCCCUUUUCUUGGCCCUAGUCUGCCAGAGCGCUGUGCAGGCUUCCCAGAGCCAACCUGGUUGGCAGGGCCCCCACGCCUGGCCAGGCCACCACGCUUCUAUGAGGCAGGUGAGGAGUUGACUGGACCAGGGGCCAUGGCUGCUGCCCGCCUCUAUAGUCUAGACCCUGCUCAUCCACUGCUAUACAGCCGUUUGGCUCCUCCACCACCACCUACUGCAACUCCAGGAACCCCUCACCUUCUCAGCAAGACCCCACCCGGAGCCCUUUUAGGAGCACCACCACCUCUUGUGCCCGCCCCCCGGCCCAGUUCCCCACCUAGGGCCCCUGGCCCAGCCCGGGCUGACAGGUGAGGAGAGGUGAGGGGCAGGGGCAAAGCUCCACCCCCUUUCCCCAUACCUUGUGACAAAAGUCCUAGGGCUGAAGUUUUUAAGCCAGGGUUGGAAGGCAAAGGUCACAAUUUCAUGGUCAUCUCUGAAGUCAUGGACCUGGGAAUGGAAUCCCCAGCCCCCGCAAGUAUCUCGUGGACUGUGGGGUCAUGGGAGGACAGAGGUCACAAGCCUCUACAGAGAAGUGUGUGCUUGUGCAUGAGGGGGUCAUUUCAGAGGUUAUGGCUCAUGACCUAAGGUGCACCAAUGCCCCCUCUAAGGGCCUCUAGGCCCUUGGCCUGCCUCCCCAAGGGCUCACUAAGCCAGAGGCCAAAGUGCCCCCCUCCCUUUCACCUACCACCCAAGUUCUCGUGCCCUCCGAGGGCUGAGGAAGGAGGAACUAAAGGAAUAGGGGUUCCGUGUACAUAUUUAUCACCCCUUCCACAAAUCCCCCAGACCUUUUGUACAUUUUUACAGGGGUGCCCCUCCCUAUAAUCCCCUUCCUGGUUAAUUAAAUCCUCAGACUGGUGCUGUGUUCCUAGCCUCUGGCCUCUCUGUAGGGGUAGGGUGUCCCAGGGGAAGAGCCUGGAGAGGACAGGCAGGAACCCAGGGCUUGACCCUGGGUAUGUGGGAUCCAGAAGGAGGUAGACCAACAGGGAAAGGGACCUAGAAUCUAAGCUGGAGGGAAGGGCAAUAGUACCUGGCUGUCAGCCCAGGUUUCUCUAGACUUGUUCCUAUUAAUUCUGUGUGGCCCACAGCUCUAAAAAGGCUCAGCCUUUAAGCUUCAGAUUCCACCUCUUAAUGGCUAAGUCCCUACCACCACCCCAUUUCCAAGUGCCCCCAGGAUUCCUGGGCCCUGUUCCACAGAAACCUGUCCCAAACUAAGGGAGGGAGAGGUGGCCAGAGAAGGUCACCGUGAAACACACACCAAAGAAGGGGGUUGGUUCAGGGGUGGGCAACACAGGCAGCUUCUUUAGCAGCCUCCCAGCAGCAGCCCCAGCCUUCCCAAAGCAGCAGCACCUCCAGGCUGGGGCCCCAAAUAGAAGGCAGGGCUCAGUUUAACAAAACCAUAACGUUGACUUUUUCCCCAGUGGGGCUUAUUCUGUAACAUGACUUGCGAAUAUUUAUAUAAAAAUGAGUGUUACAAUGAGA